AUGGGAGACUAUGAAUUGCGGAGACGCCGACUCACGGAAUUUGACUUCAUCACCGGCGAUGAUGACGAACAACUCCAAUUCUUGCUACGCCCGGAGGAAUUGACACCGGCAUACGACUUUAUGGAUGAAGAUAUUAAGCUGAUUCAGACAUUCACUCCUGAAGAGGUUGAUAAUAAAGACAAAUCCGACGUUGGAGUCACCGUAAGGACGAUUAUGGUUAUUGGGUCUUCUUACAUUCCGAAAUUGAACGUAGAGAAGCCAUUAGGUGAAGACGCAAGCUUUACUUGUGCAAACAAACAGGCGAUCGGUGUUGCUGAUGGUGUUGGUGGGUGGGCGAAGAAGGGUAUCGAUUCAGGUGUGUAUUCAAGGGAAUUGAUGAAAAACGCUGAAUUGGCAAUUCAAAAGCAGAGUAGUAGUAGUAGUAUUACUACUAUUGAUUUGAUGAAAGUUCUUAAUGAAGCUUUUUGGAAUACAAAGGCGAAGGGUUCUUCUACUGCUUGUAUUCUGUCUCUUUUCGAUGACACAUUGCACGCGAUUAACAUCGGAGAUAGUGGGUUUAUAGUGAUCAGAAAGGGAAUAAUUGUGUAUAAAUCAAAAGUUCAGCAAUCAAGGUUCAAUUGUCCUUUUCAAACAGAUGGAUUGUUUGAUAAUGUUCAUAAUUUCGAGUUAGAAGCAAUUGUGAAUUCGGGGGUGGAUUCAUGGGAAUCAGAUGUAGCAUAA